CUUACGCACAGCGCCACGAGUGCACUCUCGUUUUUUCCAUUUGACCAGGUAUAACUAAUUUAAAUUAGUGGAUAUUUUAAAUGGAAAAUGAAUCGGCAGAACAUGCAGGAAGAGGUGACUAUUGGAUCCGGAGACCAUGUGAAGUGGCAUAGCAGCGGCCAGCUACAUUCUUAGAGCAAGAACUUCCUAACUUCCUACAAUUCUUUAUUUCCCUGUGCAGCAGGCAUGUUUGACCAACUCCUCCUCCUGAUCUCCAUCCUUCUCCUUCUCCCUGUGGUCAUCCCCGUCCCGCCCCCCGGAGGUGCGUCUCCCACCCUCUGUCGCCGCUGCUGUGACCAUCUGGAGGGCUCCCCAGCACCUCAAACGGGCGAACACACGGGUGGCCAGAAUCAGAUGCCAGAAGUCCGCACCUACAUAAACAUGACCAUUCUCAAAGGCGAUAAGGGAGACCGUGGUGACAGAGGAACACCUGGGAAGUCCGGUGGGGAGGGCCCGCCUGGAUCCAGAGGCCCAAUGGGCCCCAAAGGAACCAAAGGCCAAGCAGGGCCCUCGGGGGACAACUGUAAGAACCAGAAUGCAGCUUUCUCUGUGGGGCGUCGAAAGUCCCUUCACAGCGUUGACUACUACCAGGCUUUGGUGUUUGACACGGAGUUUGUCAACCUGGGCGGCCACUUCGACAUGUUCACGGGAAAGUUCCACUGCCAUGUCCCCGGAGUCUACUACUUCAACGUCAACAUCCACACGUGGAACUUCAAGGAGACGUACCUGCACAUCAUGAGGAACGACCGCGAGCAGGCCAUCGUGUACGCCCAGCCCAGCGAGCGCUCCAUCAUGCAGAGCCAGAGCGUGAUGUUGCCCCUCGAGCUCGGCGACGAGGUCUGGGUCCGCAUGUACAAGCGGGAGCGGGAGAACGCGGUCUACAGCGACGACGUGGACGUGUACAUCACCUUCAACGGCUACCUCAUCACGCCGGCGCUGGAGUGAGGAGAUCAGCCGAGUUCUGUUCAGCAGGGCACAAACAGUGAAGGAACUACUUGGGUCCGACGGGGAGGUUCUAGACGUGUUCGGUUUGUGAAACGUUUGUUACACGCUUCCAUUGGAAGAAGUUGGUUGAUGAUGUUUUGCUUUCGUGUGCCAUGAUGAACGGGACCGGUGGUUAAAAGACAAACUCUUUCUUUCACAAAAGAAUUUCGCCAACGCAGAGUCCAACACCCAUUAUUAUGGGCUUCAACGGUAUAUGUAAGAAAGCAGCAAGUGGACGUUGGGAGGUUUUUAAGGUAACGGAUCGUUCAUGGACUUCUGGUUUAGAGCAUGGUUACUGGGGGUAUGCUGACAAUAAGGAUGAGAGAGAAAAAUACUGCCUGUUUUGGAGAAUAGAGUUGUCCCCCUCACAGCAAAAUGUCUUCAGAUAUUUCUGAUUAUGUAUAUCUGGCUGAAAAUGAUUUCACUCUUGGCUUAAGUUAUAUUUGGAACAGUCACUUGAACCCACCAACACCCCCCCCCCCCACACACACACACACACACAGGUGCUUUGAAAAAGGUCUUCAGUAAAGCCUGGUUGUUUUCCCAAACACUCUAUGUGACAACUCAUGUUAAUGUCAGAGGGUGUGGUGUACUCUUUGGCCAGAGGAAAGAGUUCGGGUUGCCAGGGAAUCAAAAACCUGGACUGGUGCUAUUCCCUAAUUUCUCUCCAAUAUUUACCUUGGAUCCUGGCCACAUGUUUUUUUGACUGUACAAUUUUUGAGCUCUUGAUCAACUAUGCCUGGUAAAGCUGUUAAUUAGAGCCUGAUAUUGUCCAGCUAUCAGAGUUACAGUGGCUUAAAUGAAAAUAUAUUUCAUUUGACUUGUAUUUCACCUCAGAAGUAUGGAUGAUAAUGUAACCCUGGUAAUCUCCCUGGGAAACACUUGUUAACAGGAUACAGAAAGGUUAUUUACAGUUUUGUUCUGUUCCUGUUUAGUGUGAAAGUCUAACAAUGGCAGCUGAAAAACUGGGCCAUUUUACAGUUCGACAAAGUGUCUACAGGGAUCUUGUUUUCAGAAAAGCACUCUGAUGUAAUGCUGAAAACGAAUUAUUCCAAGUAUCACAAAAGUGAGUUAACACAACGCAAACAGUACAGCUAUCAGAAGAUACUAGUGAGAACUUUGAGUACUCUAAAGUAAUAUGUUAGGCCAGUAGCCAGGAAUAGCCUUACAUUGAAUAUGGUGCUAAACAUGCAAUAUUUCAAUAGUUGUUUUAAAUAGAGGUGUAGAUUAGACCAAUGUUUUUGCAGGUUUCCAGGUUUGGGACUGUACAGUCUAUGUAAGGUGAAUGUAAGGUGUACAGGUUGUACAGGUAUGUAUCAUUUCCUUGGGGGUGUUUACUGUCUGGAAAAUAUUAUGACAGGAUUUGAGAGGCACUGCCCAGCCCAGACCUCCUCUCCCAAUGGUGGAUAGAUUUAGCCCUUGGGCCCUGAGCUAGCAUCAUUUACAAUCCGAUGGAAACAAAAAACAGAAGUGUUUAGGCCUUCCAGGGAUAGAGUUUAGCCCUGAAAUACAGAAAAGGAAUGGAUUUUUGAAAGUCAAUUGCUAAUUGAAUUCUAUAUGUAGGUGCUUUUCAGUGGAAUGGUCGAAUGCAGUCAAACCCCUUACAGGUGUACACUUCUACCAGUAGAUGGCAACCUUCGUCUACAUUUAAUAAUCUUCACUCUAUCAACACCUUGAUGAAUGUUGCAAAUAGGUAAGAAUGUGGAAUGAUUUAAUAAAAACUUGGAAACAUAACAUUUCCCCAAGAUUAGUGGGUAGCAGGGCAAAUAUACAGCUCCAGUGUGCAAUGUGGGUAUUUUCCCACUCGUAAAUAAUUCAUAGCAGUUUUGCUAUUCAGGAUACUUGAUUGACUCCUUAAGGUGCUAAACAAUGUUCAAAAUGGUGCUUAAAAUUUCAUAUAAAUGUAAAUAUUCAGUAAAUAUUCAUAUAAAUAUGUUUGUAUGUGUACAUAAACUUUGCCAACCCUCCGUGUCACACCCAAUAGGUUUGUUAAUAAAGACAUUUACAUGCACAUUGGCAAGUG